AUGGCCAAGCUCCUCCUCCUUUUCGUUGCUCUUCUGUUUCAGUUGCAACUAUCUCUUCAACAGGAAUGCAGUGCCUCGAGCUUGUGUCCGAUAGGAUGCUGUUCCAGUGCCGGGUUUUGCGGCUUUGGUCCUGAUUUUUGUGGGACCGGAUGCCAGAGCGGAUGUGAUCGCAAGGCGGACUGCAACCCGGGAACGUGGAACUCUACCAAAUGGAGCAAGUCAGAGAAAUGUCCUCUCAACGUUUGCUGCAGCAAAUACGGCUUCUGUGGAACUACCGAGGAGUUUUGUCAGGGUAACCCGGUGAAGCGGCCAUCAUGCAGUGUCGACAGCGUGCCCAUCACGCGCGUCAUCGGCUAUUAUGAGGCUUGGUCAACGACAAACCGUCCCUGCUACGGGAUGUUGCCCGAACAGAUCCCGUACGGCUAUUACACGGAUGUCAUCUUUUCCUUCGCCACCAUUGAUCCCAACUCGUUUGAGAUCAAGGCAGGCGACUCUAAAACGGCCGAUUACAUGCAGCGUAUCAGUGCCAUCAAGCUCAUUCAACCUGACAUCCGGAUCUGGAUAGCCGUGGGUGGCUGGGCUUUCAACGACCCCGGUCCAACGCAGACAACGUUCAGCGACAUCGCUGCGUCUUCAGCUAACACCAAAAAGUUCAUUGACUCUCUUGUGCAACUUAUGAACAAAUAUGGCUUUGAUGGCAUUGACAUCGACUGGGAAUAUCCAGUUGCCGAGGAUCGCAGUGGUAGAGGCACCGACUACAAAAACUUUGUGACCUUCCAAAAGGCACUGUACGACAGAAUGAAAGGCGGCGGCUUGAAGAAGCAGGUGUCGCUGACUCUUCCUGCCAGCUACUGGUAUCUACAGCACUUUGACAUCGUCAACCUUGAGAAGUACGUGGACUGGUUCAACAUCAUGUCGUACGAUAUGCAUGGCUCCUGGGACAUUGACAACAAGUGGACCGGCCCAUUUGUCAAUUCUCACUCGAAUAUGACUGAGAUUCAACAAGCACUUGACCUUCUGUGGCGCAACAACAUCAAGCCUGCCAAAGUUACAUUCGGCAUGGCCUUCUACAGCCGUAGCUUUGCUCUCACCAGCUCAAGUUGCAAUACACCUGGGUGCGGAAUCAGCUCUGGAGGUAAUGCUGGCAAGUGCUCUGGCACGACCGGUGUGCUUCUUCAUGCCGAAAUCCAGGACGAGAUCGCCGCCCGUAAGCUGACACCCACGCUUCACCGCGAAGCAGCCGUCAAGAGUGUUUCUUGGGGCGACCAGUGGGUGAGUUUUGAUGACGCUGCUACAUGGCGUCUCAAGGCCAAUAUCAUCAGGGGUCAGUGUAUCCCAGGCGUUAUGGUAUGGGCCAUGAGCCAGGACGACAAAGACGGAACCAAUAUCAAGGCUUUGACAUCGUCUGUUGGACGCAAACAGAUGGCAGUGCCCAACUUUACCAUCAAACAACCUGUCCGCGAUCUUCCACAGCCCGUCAAGACAUGCCGCUGGUCAGGGUGCUAUAGUGGCUGUCCCGACGGUUUCAAGGCAGUGCAGCGUGAUGGCCACAAGGAGGCCAUGUUGAGUACAGAAAACUGUCUCGCCGACGGGUCUACAUCCUCUUAUGGGAUGUGCAAGUGGGUGGGUGAGGCCCCCACCUGCAAUAAGGGCUGUCCGAGUGACUUCCCGAACAAGAUUGUGUCGACCAACACCGCCGAUGGUGGUGAACAGCCUUGUGUUUCUGGGAACAAGCACUACUGCUGCCAGAACCCUACGCCGGCUGACUUUACCAAUUGUGAAUGGGUUAAAAAGGGAAACCCGGCCAAAUUUCCCGACAAGGACUUCAUCUGCGAAGAUGUGUGUGGUUCGGACCGAAUCAAGGUGGCCACCGAAGUCACCAACCCCUAUUCCGGGACGAACAGUGGCUGCUUUGGCGGCGCCUGGGCGUAUUGCUGUAAGCCGCCAGUGGCCUUGGUCCCGCGAGGCGACGAUGAUCCCUAUGGCGGCGUGCAAAAUAAGGAGUUCCAAACGCUGCUGGAAGAUUACAUGCAAAACCCAACAUGCCCAGCCACCGUUCUUUUUAUCGAUCCUGGUGACAUGUUCACCGGAGCUGCGAAUCAGAAACGUUCUCUGGAGUUGGAGGCUGCGGAGCACCGCGUCCUCUAUGGAAGAGCUAAAGACUGUAAACUCGAUCACUACAUAAGGCUGACACAGUAUGCCGCGCUGAUGCUCACAGCGGCAGCUAAUGUUCUCAAGCAAUUCUCGGUUGUAUGGAACGAUAUUUUUGCAGGCCACUACGACACAGAACUUGAGGCCGACAACCUACGGACGUAUUUCAACCGGCACCCGGAUAUUUUGGACCCGCAUUCACUCAUCAACUAUGUCCUCCUCAACCCCUUACGCGCUGGCCCAGGGAUAAGGCAAAACCAACGAACGGAGGAAAUGUUCUGUCACUAUGUCGGCACGCGGAGGAAGCGCGACGUCCAGUUGCGGUCUUCCAGCACGGCUGUCGAGCUUGCUAGCCGGCACGUCUGGUGGAUGGAAGCGGGAAAUAACGGGCAGCCCUCCAUGGCCGUCAUCCUCGAGGGCAUCUUGAACGGCGAUUUAAGCCCACAUUACGCCCGGUGGCAGUGGAUUGACGGGGCGCGGCGGACCGGUCCCAUGCUCGAGAUGGCAUACUGGAUCGGACCGAACGCUGGCCAACCGAGUGGGAGCCAGUACGACCGGUAUCGAGACACUCACACGCUCAACCAUGGUGAGCCAGAUAGAUGGGUCGUGUUUCACUUCCACAUCAACGCGGAUUUCAACAGUUACCCGUACCUAUGGGAAACCAACGGGCAUACGUAUAUCGGUGUGCAAAGCAUCCAAGUCUUCCAUGCUCACGAGUCCACCGGCCCUACAAAUGGGGGUGCGUGGCGAGUUCAAGGUAACAGUAAUGCGGAUGCGCGGACACAAAGAGACGGCUUCGUGUGCCCAGAGGAUGAGCUGUGGUACAUUGGCACAGAUGAAGGUCUUCCUUCUGGAAGUGAUCAGCUUCAGCGCAACCUGCGGCAAUGGGCUCAGAACCUAUUCAACGAAGGCUAUUUGUCAAGCGAGAGCAUCGCUCUCAUCAUGCGGGACCUGACAUUCUACAACAACGGUGAAAUCAACGUUCAAGACAGCUCUAAUGCGGAUUUCAUGUCAUACUGGGCGCCAAACCCAAGAUACCAACAGUCGAUGUACACCAUCAACUGGGUUCGCAGAUAUGACACCUUUAUACUGUCGCCGACGGAGCCACCGCCACAGUCUCCAACACGAAAAAGAAAUCAAGAGGAGAAGGAAAUACGAAGCGUUGGAGAACGUAUAGGAGGAGAGGGAAAAUGGUAA